UUCAAUCGUAUGGCAACAAUGUAAAAUAGCCGCGAAGUUGAAAAGUCAUAUCUGUUUAAAAAAUGCGACGGAGUUUGGCUCCUAGCCAAAAUCGGGCUUUAAAAUUACGCCCAAAUUGUGACUUUACACCACCAUUGCAAAACAAACGAAUGCGUCAAUGCCAAGAACGAAAUGAAAAUAAUCCAAAACAAGGUCUACGCAUAGUGCCGUUAAGUGAACAUGAGUUGGCUAUUGCACAAGUACUAUCUCGGCCGUUUAAAGUGCCUAUUGCUGACUAUGUGCCCGAUUAUAAUGGAGGUAACCGUUGCUUGGGGAUGCGUCGGAGCAAUGUGCGAAAGGCCUUACAUGAUCCACAAGCCUGUAAUGCGUUAGUUUUAUAUACACCACCAAAUUACACUGAACAUGAACGUAUCACAAUGGAUUCAAGCAAAAUACAAGUACAUGUGGUGGUGGACCCACUACUAAGCAACAUCCUGAGGCCACAUCAACGUGAAGGAGUCCGUUUUAUGUAUGAAUGUGUCGAGGGACGUCGAGGUGCUUUCAACGGCUGUAUUAUGGCAGAUGAAAUGGGUUUGGGUAAAACUUUACAAUGCGUUACUUUGGUAUGGACAUUACUGCGCCAAAGUCCAGACUGUAAACCAACUAUAUCUAAGGCAAUUAUUGUCUCGCCAUCGUCUCUGGUAAAGAAUUGGGAAAAAGAAUUUCACAAAUGGUUACAUGGACGCCUGCAUUGUCUUCCCAUUGAAGGCGGUUCAAAGGAAGAUACCAUACGUGCUCUUGAACAGUUUGUCGUUGAUAGUGGCCAACGCUGUGGUGCACCAGUGCUUUUGAUAAGUUAUGAAACAUUUCGUAUUUAUGCCAAUAUAUUGUGUAGAAAUGAAAUGGGCAUAGUUAUAUGCGACGAGGGACAUCGAUUAAAGAAUAGUGACAAUUUGACUUAUCAGGCAUUAAUGGGUUUAAAGACAAAACGACGAGUUCUACUUUCUGGCACACCAAUACAAAACGAUUUGACGGAAUAUUUCAGUUUGGUAAACUUUGUAAAUCCAGAAAUGUUGGGUUCAGCUGCUGAGUUCAAACGAAAUUUCGAAAAUGCUAUACUACGUGGGCAAAACGCAGACUCUACAGAAAAGGAGCGUGAGCGGGCGGUGGAAAAAACACAAGAAUUAAUUGGACUAGUGAAUCAAUGUAUAAUAAGACGCACCAAUCAGAUACUUACUAAGUACUUACCAGUUAAAUUUGAAAUGGUAAUAUGUGCUAAACUUACUCAAAUGCAAAUGGAGCUGUAUAAAAAUUUUAUCAAGUCUGAUAAAAUCAGAAGAAGCUUAGCGGACUGCAAUGAAAAGGCUACAUUGACUGCGUUGGCCGAUAUUACCACUUUAAAGAAACUGUGUAGUCAUCCAGACUUGAUCUAUGAAAAAGUUUUAGCACGUGAGAACGGUUUCGAAAACUCGCACAGCCUAUUUCCCGCAAAUUAUAAUCCUAAAGAAUUUACUCCAGAAUUGAGUGGUAAAUUUAUGCUGCUGGACUUCAUGUUGGCUUCAAUUAAAGCAAAUAGUGACGAUAAGAUAGUGCUUAUUUCUAAUUAUACUCAAACAUUAGAGCUAUUCGAGAAAUUAGCACGGAAAAGAAAAUAUUCUUACGUUCGCCUUGAUGGCUCCAUGACUAUAAAGAAACGUAGCAAGGUGGUGGAUAAAUUUAAUGAUCCAGAAUCUGAUUGUUUUCUUUUUAUGCUGAGUUCGAAGGCCGGCGGAUGUGGCUUGAAUUUAAUAGGCGCAAAUCGUCUCUUUAUGUUCGACCCUGAUUGGAAUCCAGCUAACGAUGAACAGGCUAUGGCACGUGUUUGGCGUGAUGGUCAAAAGAAACCGUGCUAUAUUUAUCGCUUGGUUGCUACUGGUUCGAUUGAAGAGAAAAUUCUACAGCGACAAACGCAUAAGAAAUCUUUAUCGAGCACUAUAAUUGACAAUAAUGAAAGUGAUGAGAAGCAUUUCACACGCGAUGAUCUCAAAGAUCUCUUCCGAUAUGAAGCGGAUAUACUCUCUGAUACACAUAUAAAGUUAAAGUGUAAGCGCUGUGUCAAUAACAUACAAAUGCAACCACCGCCGGAAGAUAGUGACUGUACAGCGCAUUUAUCACAAUGGUAUCACUGUUCCAAUAAUAGAGGAUUACCAGACAGUGUGUUAUCACAGGCAUGGAUAUCCAGUAAAUCUGUUUCCUUCGUUUUUCAUCAUCGUUCACAGGGUGAGGUAAAAUCAAAUGAUUCUACAGGAAAAGGAAUUAUUCAGAAUAAUGGCAAUAAAGAGAAUAAAAAAAAGUUUAAGGACGUCGAGGAAGUUGAUUCAGAUUAUGACCCUGAUGAUCCAGCUGAUAGUGAUUAUGAGUAGGCUUAAUUCAUGAUGAAUUAAAACUACCGGAUAUUGUAAGAAAAUUUCUUCGGGGGUAAUAAAGAUGUAUAAAUGUAACUGUAUAAAUAUCUACAACUACAAAUGAUAGAAAUCAUCGUUUUAUAUUUUGCUGCAUUUAAUUUACUUUCGCUGUUUAUGUGUUUAAGUUACUUGGAAAUUAUUUGUAAUUUUCUUAAAAUAUGCAUAUUACAAUAAAAUAUACAAUAUAC